AUUUCACUAUGAAGUCUCCAAGAAUCCAUCUUCACUUGCCUUUCGGUGCCUCCUCAAUUCUUCACCUUUUUCAACACAUUCCCUAAACGCAGCGAUAAUUUUUUAUAGUAGAGCAUUCAGAUAAAUCAGUUUCUUUCUUGGUAAGAGAUCUUGAUUGUAAAUUUCAUGCAUAUAAAAAUCUUUGUUAGAGAAGCUUUUCCCUUUGAGGCAGUGACGAACAUGCACCUAUUAACUUUUAAAAAAAUAAAUUAUGUGAACAUACAUUUAUAUUCCUAAAUAAGGUUCAUAUAAUUAAACGUGCACAUUAUAACAAAUAAUUGAGUUGGCGUGUUGUGCUUCUUUGCAAUUUGUGUGUCUCGAGAUUAAUUCUAGAUGUUGCAUUUUCUUUAAUUAAUAUUUUAGACAUACAAAUUUCUGAUGAAGUAUCAAUAUUUUAAUUAAUUUAUAUCUAUUUUUAUGCGAUAUGAAUCUUGGUAAAAAAAAAUAUGGAGGUGAAAUAAAAGAAACAAUAAGCUUUUUGUGUAGCAAAAUUGAAUGCUCCACUCCACUUUUCCCUAGUAGAUUAAAUUAAUCAAACUUGUUUUUUUCAAUGCAUGGGGUCAGUUUGACGGUUGCAAUUUUCAUUAGUGUAGUAGUUAGAUAUGGACUUUGCUAACCCUAGGCCCCCUCCUCUACCACCCCAUUUGUUUAAAUUCAUCUUUUCCAUAACCCCUAUGCUUUCAAAUUCAUACGUAUUUUUCUUACCAUGGCGAUUGAACUAUGUUCAGAUGAUUCUAGUCCUCGUUUUUCUUUCUCUCACGACAUUUCACAAACAGAUUCUGUUCAAAUUCCAUCAACUAAUUCAUCCUCCUCUACUAUUGAUUUUGAUUUUUGUGUAUUUCAUCAAACCUUUGAUCUUCAAUCUACUUCAGCUGAUGAACUUUUCUGUGAUGGAAAAAUUCUCCCUAUUGAAAUUAAAAGAAAAAAUAUCCCUCCAUCUCUUCCACCAAACAAAAAUUCAGAUCAAAACACGCCCAUAAAAAGUCAUAAAUUGGCCAUACCCAGUCAUAACGCUUACAACGCAAGCGUCAAAAAUCAAAGGUUAUCAACAGAUGAAAAACAGAGCUCAAAGUCAUUUUGGAGAUUCAAGCGUAGUAAUAGUACUAGUAGUUACGUAAGAACUUUAUGUCCUUUACCAAUUCUAUCGCGAAGUAAUUCAACCGGUUCAACUCAGAACAUGAAACACAAACAUCAUUUUCAUAAAUCGCCAUCCUCUGUUUCUUCCUCAGACGGUCAUUAUCAAAAACCUCCAUUGAGAAAAGCUCCAGGUUACAUCAAUGGGAUUAAAAUCAGCCCAGUAUUGAAUGUUCCUCCAGCAAAUUUGUUCGGUUUGAGCUCUAUCUUUUCCAGCAGCAAGGAAAAGAAUAAGAAGAGGUGAUUGAUUAGUGUAGAAGAUAUUUUUCUAAUAUAAUUGUAUUAUGUUAUUUAAAUGAGUUGAUUUUCUCAAUUACAUUAACAUUGUUUGGGGUCACUGAAUGGACAGAAGUUCAUUUUUAUGUUUUUUUUUUGUUUUGUUUGUUUGGAAGAAUAGGUAAAAAUUGCUAUCAGUGUGUGUCCCAUUCUCUGCUCUGAUAUUUUGUUUUUGUGCUUUUGGUUGCUUGCACAUGCUGGGAUUCUAAUUUUAUCUAAUUGGAAUUUGAUUCUUAUAUCAAAAGAGACCAUGGAAAAAA